GGGAGAAGACAGAGCAGAUCGACUGUUUCCCAGAUUAUCUGUUACAAACUGCAGCUCUAAUCUGACCAGCCAAGAGUCCAGAAUGUUUUCUCUGUGCUGAGAUGUUUGGUUGGAUCCGUCUCUCACUAAUGGCUGCUGGACAUGAACCCUGCAAAGAAAGGCCGGUUUAAAGUUUCAUUAAAAACAUUUAUUAUCCUGAUGCAUUGUGUUAAUUUAUACUGUGUUUAAAAACAGUAUCUAGAAAUAAUCCACUAAAAUAUAUAAGAUUUUCUAUCAUAUCCCUCAAUGUUUAAUAUUUUAUAGUUUAAUAUCACUUAGUGUUUAGUAUAAACUACCUCAAAGCUGCUUUUGCUGAAACACGCUAAAACCAUAAUGUGUACAGGAAGAGGCGGACUCUGUUUCUUCCUCUAACUCUCCUCUAGUGAAUCGGUCUAGUCAAAGUCAGCAGCCAUGAAGGAAGCAGCUGCUCAGCGUCUGAUCUUUCUGAUCUCACUGUUGUUCUGGACAUCAAGUCAAGUCCUCCCAGUUCGUCUGACUGUGAGUCCCAACAGAUCUCAGUUCUUUCAAUAUGAAUCAGUGACUCUGAUCUGUGAGGAUGAAAACAGACCUGAUGGAUGGACUGUGAGGAGAAACACAACCAGAGAUGCCAGGACUCACUGUAAAGGAUGGGGAACAGCAGCUGGUUCUACCUGUAACAUGACCUACCUCCUCGAAAGGGAUACUGGUGUGUACUGGUGUGAGUCCAGGUCUGGAUCCUCCAGCAGCAGCAGCAGCAGCAUCCAGCUCUCUGUCUCUGGUGGAUCAGUGAUCCUGCAGAGUCCUGUCCUCCCUGUGAUGGAGGGAGAUGACGUCACUCUGAGCUGCAGAGCAAGGAAUCCAACCCACAACCUCCCAGCUGCUUUCUAUAAAGAUGGCUCCUUCAUUGGUGAUGGAUCAUCAGGUCACAUGACCCUCCUCCAUGUUAACAGCUCUGAUGAAGGCCUCUAUAAAUGUAACAUCAGAGGUCAUGGAGAGUCUCCAUCCAGCAGGAUCUCUGUCAAAGAGAAACCUUCCUCUUCCUCAGAGAAACCCACCAACAUCUCUGACUCUACAGUCCCACCUGGUCCAGGUUCUUCCUCCGUCUCUCUCCCAGUGUUGCUUCCCAGUGCAUCUCUUUGUGUUUUGGUUCUCCUGCUUUUACUGGUUGAACUGGUUGCAUAUUUGUACAGAAAACCAAAGGUGAUGAAGGAGGAAGAGGAGAGGAUGACAUCACUUCCAGAAACAUCAGGACGUUCCAGAGUAAACAGAAGAAAACCAAACCAGGAACAGGAAAUGCUCUGAGGCGGCGCUGCUUCACUACUGUUCUGUACGCCACCAAGACAGAAGAAGAAGAAAAACUUUGAUGCUGAAACUCCUGGAGACAGAAAAUGUGGUUGAUGUGAAACUGGAUCCACUGACAACAGGAAGAAAACAUCAGUUCUAUAACUCAGAGAGCUUUCUGUAAUAAACUGGAAACAUUAGAAAGUUGUUCAUUCACAAGAAUCUGAUUUAUGAUUCUUACAAUAAAUUCAUGCAGAAGAAUAAAAUCAAGUCCAGAAAAAUGUUCACCCGUCCAUCUGAAUAUGUUUGAGUUUUUCUCUGUAAGGCCUCAUGAAUGUAUUUCAUGUUUCAUUCUCAGUGUUCAGUCUCAUGUUUUCAGAAACUGUUUGGAUUUGAAAUGUCUGAAUGUUAAAACCUCAGCAGCUCCUUUGUUUCUCAGCAGCUUCAGCCUGUUGAACCUGCAGCUCUGCAGCUUGUUGCUAACAAACAUGAUGAUCCUGUUUGUCUGCAGCUAAAAACAGUAAAGAGAUCAACUUUAUGUUUUCAAUGCUUUUAUGUAGAAAUGCUUAGAAAUUAAUCUAAUAAUGCAAUAAACUGCAGUUCACAUUAAA